UUGUAAAAACUGCCGGUGUCAUAUGUGAAUCUUUUAUCACAGCAAGACGUAAUUCAAACAUGAAAUUCGUUAUAAAUAUGCAACGAAAUCUGACACCUAUUCUGUAUGCAAUGCUUCGGGCAAAGAUCUGCAAAACGUUCAGUUUAUUCCUGGCACUGUUCAUAAAAACACGGACACACAGGCUAAGAAGUAAGUAAUGUCUUGGACGAAGGUUGUAGCCAUAACAGGAUGCGACAGUGGCCUCGGCUGGGCCAUAGCAGCGCGGGCCGCGAGAGAAGGACUGGUCACAAUAGCAGGAAUGUACAAUGGUUCCGAUACUGAAGCUGCUCGUGCUCUCAAAAAUCUUUGUGCCCAUCCGUACAAAUUAGAUGUUACUGACUCGAAAAGCGUGACUGAGUUUCAAAAUUAUGUCAAAAACGUGUUACAGGAAAAUCCAAAAUACAAACUGUAUGCUGUAGUUAACAACGCAGGAGUUAUGACUGUCGGAAACUAUGAAUGGCAAACACCGCAAAUGAUAGAAAACAUGAUAAACGUCAAUUUACUUGGAGCGAUGAGGGUAGUUUCUUCAUUCUUGCCGGAACUAAGGAAAAAUGGUGCUAUUAAUGACUUCAAACCCCGUAUCAUAAACGUCGCAAGUCACUGCGGAUUGCAGGCGUUACCAUGUUUCGGACCUUACAGUGCCAGCAAAGCGGGACUGCUGGCCUGGACACGUGCGCUACAUCUAGAACACUUCCGCGAUGGCCUCAGUGUUAUCUCUUUUAUACCAGGCGGAUUCAUUGGAUCAAGCAAUUUAACCAUGAAUCAAGUUGAAAAUGGAAAUAAAAUGCUCAGUCAUUUAACUGAAGAACAGAAAUCGAUAUAUGAAAAAAGAAUAAGAACUUUGAACAAAUAUUUGGGGCAAGCAUCAAAUAACACGAGAUACGAUUCUCUGAGCAAUGAAGUUAUUAUUGAAACUUUUGUAAAGGCCCUCAUCGAUAAUAAGCCGAAGCAAGUUUACAAAGUUGAGCCAUGGCGUUAUAAAUUCUAUUAUAAUUUAUUAAAAAUGCCAUUUCCCGACAUAAUGUAUUACUGGAUAAUAAAAAAGUUUCUAGCCUUCCCCGAUUCUGAAUAAAUUUUGUUUUAAUUU